CUGUCCUCCCACCGGAAAUAAACAAGUGGGAAAUGAAUAGUCAAAUAAGGAUUUAAAAAGAUAACCCCAUGAAAUAGCUGGCCAGGUCGACUAAUCGGAAAGAGUCGCAGAACAAUAGCGUCCAACAUACUGACAUUUUAAAGGUCGAAGUCGGUGCCCGUACAGAGUUACACUUAGCGAUCCAGUGAAUGGGAUAUGGAGUGUGUCGCAGCUGUCCUGGAAGACUUGGAGGGUAAAAAGGACACCCCAGCAGAAGUGGAGUACAAGCACAAUGCUUACACUCAUUUUAUGAAAUCUCACCGCUGUUAUGACCUCGUGCCCACCAGCUCUAAACUGGUUGUAUUUGACACUUCCUUGCAGGUAAAGAAAGCAUUUUUUGCUUUGGUGUCCAAUGGAGUGAGAGCAGCACCACUCUGGGACAGCAAGAAGCAGUGCUUCGUGGGUAUGCUGACCAUUACAGACUUCAUCAACAUCCUGCACCGUUACUACAAGUCCCCUUUGGUGCAGAUAUAUGAGCUGGAAGAGCACAAGAUCGAGACGUGGAGAGAGGUGUACCUGCAGGACUCCUUCAAGCCUCUCGUCAGUAUCUCCCCCAAUGCAAGCCUGUACGAUGCCGUUUCCUCUCUGCUCAAGCACAAGAUCCACCGGCUUCCUGUAAUUGACCCCCUGACGGGGAACACCCUCUACAUCCUCACCCACAAAAGGAUCCUCAAGUUCCUCAAGCUUUUUAUUUCCGAGAUGCCCAAGCCGGCGUUCCUGGGCCAGACCCUGGAAGAGCUCGGUAUCGGCACGUUCCACAAGAUCGCGGUGGUGCGCGCCGACACGCCCCUCUACACGGCCCUGGGCAUCUUCGUGGAGCAGAGGGUGUCUGCACUGCCGGUGGUGGAUGACAGCGGCCGCGUGGUGGACAUUUACUCCAAGUUUGAUGUCAUUAACCUGGCUGCAGAGAAGACCUACAACAACCUGGACGUGACGGUGACCAAGGCCCUGCAGCACCGCUCGCAGUACUUCGAGGGCGUGCUCACCUGCAACCGGCACGAGACCCUGGAGGCCAUCAUCACCCGGCUGGUGGAGGCUGAGGUUCACAGGCUGGUAGUGGUGGACGAGCAGGAGGUGGUGAAGGGAAUCGUCUCCCUGUCAGACAUCCUCCAGGCGCUGGUGCUGACUAAUGGAGAGGAGGGAACUGCUUGAUGAAGGGAUGGGGGACAGUGUCUUUCCUUUUCUCUGGUUUGUGGAAAAGGUGGAAUGCUGGAGGAGGAAGGAAGGGCGGCCGAGACCGAGACAAAAACCAGGAUGCCCUGUUAAUGUUUCUGAACAUGCCCUUACACCCACAUACACACAUUUACAUGUUUAACACACACAUACGCUAUCUCUUUCUCUUUUUCUGCAUUGCAAGCGGAGGGGUCAAUAGAUUUUUCCAGUAGCAAAGCAGAUCAGGGGCAGCACAUCAGAACCCGACCAAAUAAACACCAGACCAGCAGAAAUAAUAGGGGCCAGACGGGGCCCAACUUGAGCUGACGCUGUCAGUCUUACACUUUUGUACAUGUAGUGCUGGAGUUGGAGACUGGGGGCAUCUCGUUUUAUUUUUCCUAACAUUUAGGGGAUCAAUUCCAUGUUUAGGAACAAAUCUUCCAUUCCCAUAUUUUUAGAUCAUUUCGUCCAUGUUGUGGAAAGGGACAGUGAAUGUGAAUAGUCUAACUGUAGGAGGCACCCUCGGUGCUAUUGCUUCUCUGUAGACCAUACUGGGCUCUUAGUGAAAAACCAUAUUUGGAAGUUGCUUCCACGCUGUCUAGCAUUUUUGUAUUCUUUUUUUUUUUUUGAGGGGGGAUAGGCAGGGGGAAGCUAGAAUUGGCAACGUGUCCAACGGCUUAGUAAUGUGAAGUCUUUCGUCACAAAAAAGGAAUUAUUAUUAUUUGAAUUCAUAUUCAUUUCAUGGAUUGCCUUUUAACAGACACAAUGUCUGAAUAUUUAUAUAAUCAUGAGAUGUGGGUUUUGAUCAUUUGUUUGGUAUUAGCUUUUUCUUCCUGUGACCAUUUUGUGCAAAAAGGAUUGAGCUCCGUGCCCAGAAUUAGAAUUUGGUUUAUUUAGUCAUUAUUUUAAAGUGUGGUUCUUUGUUAUUUGUUAAUGUGUAAUGCAGUUUUAUUUCAUACCUUCCCAUGUAGCCUGAUUAGCUUCGUACUAUAACACAAGGUUAAGCCAGACUGUGGUAUAUCCAUGCACUGCUGCCAAUGCGGAAGACUAGCCAUGUGAACGCAUGGGGCUGCCUGGUCAUGGGCUGGCACCGAUGCAUGGAAGCCUUCAUGUGUCCUAACUCUGAUUGGUUAAGCUUGUCACUGACAUGUUGGGAGAUAAGGUUUUGGAUUGGACCAUACAGCAGGGGGGCGUGUCCCAGCCAGCUCAGUUUCCCACAAAUGGACAGAAGGUCCACUCUCAUCCCGAGACCAAAUCAACUUCUUCAAUCGUUGAUUAAUUGAGUAAAUGCAAAAACCAGCAGACCCCGUGGUUCUCAAAUAGUUAAGAGUACAGUUAACCUCCACAUCAAACCCCAUUUAGAAAAUGUUAAGCAAUUAACCUUCUAGGGAUAGGUCCUUUUUGUAAUCAAAAGAGGAUAUUGGAAUUGGCGAUAAUGCAUAAAAAUGUAAUCAGUCCAAUCUGCAGUUUUUACCUGCAUCACUUUCACAAAAGAUAUAUUGUGAAAAGUGAUAUAAAGUAAUUAAUGAGCACAAAUGUAAAGAUUUGCCACAUAACGGUAUAAAGGUAUGUGUGCAUAUGGUGAUGAGCAUUAUUUGAACUUUGCUAAUCUUAUACCAUGGGUAUAGGUUAGGAUGGCACUGGCAGCCUUGGGGAAAAUGCACAAUGUCUGGACCGUACCCUGCGUAAUACGUGCACAAAUAUAUAAAAUUAAAAUAUCAAAAGUUGUCGGCACAAAGUCCCCUGAAUUUGUCAGAAAGCCUCUGAAACUGUCUUCACAAAGCAGCCCUGAGCCAAGCAAGAUUUUGUUACAAAGUAUACUUACUUUGGUUUUUUCAACAGUUCUUGAAAUAUCAAUUAAGUAUCAUGUCAGUUAUCAAGUUCUGCGAGAAAGGGGGGUAUAUGGGCAGUUCCUAAUGCCCGAUUACAUUUGCUGUUUUUAUUCAAAAUGGACAUUCUCUUCUGAACGAUUAUUUUUUCAGAACUAUGAAUAGACUGUAUACACGUGUAUAUAUCAGAACAUCAAUGUUUUUCUAUUCAUGUAAAUUUUUAAUUUGAUGCAUGAGAAAUAAAUUAGAUUUUCUUUUUA